UGGUCUUCUUUUCCGUAGUCAAUGGUCGCCGCAGUCAUUCGGCUGAGUAUCGGUUCGAGUUUUCCCAGGAAAACAGUACUUCCCGCGGACCUAUUGUCCCUGACGUGUCGGCAAAGCCAACGAAAGGAGGAUUUAUUGUGCGUUUCCAUCAAGCACCAGAGAUUUAUAAAAAAUGAGUUCAAGUGCGUGUUAUAAAUGUAACCGGAUGGGUCACUAUGCACGGGAGUGUCCACAAGGUGGUGGAGGUGGUGGUAGAGGCGAUCGUGGCCGUGACCGAGAAGGUGGUUUUGCGCGUGGUCGCGACAAGUGCUACAAGUGUAACCAAUUUGGACACUUUGCACGAGAAUGUAAAGAAGAUCAAGAUCUUUGCUAUCGCUGCCAAGGUGUAGGGCACAUUGCAAAAGACUGUCAACAGGGGCCUGAGAUGAGCUGUUAUAACUGUAACAAGACUGGUCAUAUGGCACGUAGCUGUCCAGAAGGUGGUAAUGAUUCUGGACGUUUUGGAAUGCAAAGUUGCUACAAUUGUAAUAAAACAGGUCAUUUUGCUCGAAAUUGCACUGAAGUCGGAGGAAAGGCAUGCUAUACUUGUGGCAAGACUGGUCAUUUAAGCCGUGAAUGUGAUCAGGACGACAGAAAGUAGGAGAUAACCGGAAUCCGUGCCGCUCGCUUAACGAUAAGCCGUUUACCGUCGCGCGCGCUACUACCGGGGAUUGUAGCUAGGUAGGGAUGUGCGAACGUAUGUCUCGUUGAUGCGUAUAAUUGCUAAAAAUGCGUUUUGUCAUAGUCGUUCGAAUUUCCAUCUCUCCCCCAUAUCCAACUCUCGGAAACCCAUUUUACUCCUAGUUUCCCUUCCCUUCUACAUGUCGUUGUUCUCUUCGCAAGGGUUUUUUCUUAUGAUGUCUUUGUUUUUUUUUUUAAUUGCUGUUACAUUACACUAUACAUGCGUGCGCGCGCACAAAGUACAUUUACACAUAGGACACAUCCAGCAUUACACACUAUACGAUGUAAUAAUAUUAUAAACAUUCAAUUGAAUUAGAGUAGAGACAUGAAUCCUCUGUCCCCUGACCUUCAAACUAUCUCGUACAUGUAUUGUUUUGUGAUGCAAGAUGUAUGGAUUAUUAAUAUAUUUCAUAAAAAAAUUUUACAAAUGUAACAUUUAUAACAUAUUUUGUCAGCUUUGACUAAUGGGAUUUGAGAUAUUUGUUAAUAAUUCAUAUUCAAAUAAAAAAAUUAUUAGUCCAUUAAAUUAUGAAUGGAUGAUUGUUUGAUAAAAGAAAGGGAUAUAAUAACGAAUACAAAAAAAAAUUAUAAUAAAUUUAAUUUAUAUUCCUUUCUCACAUCCACGCAUCUUGUAUCCGGUCCUCCCUCUCGAACUCUCUAGCAACUCGAGUUGAAAAAAGUUCAGAAGUAAUGGGAAAGGAAAUGAACAUGCCGGCCCUGAAUAUAUAUAAGUAAGGUUUAGUAACGCCAAUUUUUAAUGUGUAAGGAUGUAAUGAGGAUUUUUUAUUUUAUAACUAAAUCUAAUUUCAGAUCAAUAAAAACUGCACAAUUGUAAGAUUGUCAGUAUUUGCGAGUUUAUAUACACUUAUACUUGGAAUAUUAUUAAUUAGAUUAUUAUAAAUUAGAGAAAAAUAUGCAUGUUUCGUAUAUCAGAUUCUUUAAGUGAAAAUGAAUACAAUUAUCAGUAUGAUCGUCAACGAUCAUUAUGACGUAUAUAUGUAUAUAUACAUAUAAACACAGAGGUCUACAAGUUUGAAUAUUUUAUAUGUAUGAUCAUAAUUGUUAUAUCAGGAAUCACCAUUGUUCAUAUUGUCAAUGAUUGUUACGAAUUUUCAAAGGAUGCACUUUGCCUUACUAUAUCCUUACAUAUGGUGAAAUAUUUCGUUACUAGGUAUAUGUAUAUAUAUAUAUGCGCAUAUGUGUAUACAUAUAUACAUACAUAUAUGCAGGAGCUGUAUUUUGUACUGUAAAAAGCUAGAUAUACUCUGGUCGUUGCUGGUGACUAAUUCCAAUGAUUCUCUUAUUUAUACAUCACAAAAAAGAACAAAUUAUAUUUUCAUGUAUAAAGUACUACAUUAAUCUUUUUUAUAAGUUGUAGAACGAAAUUUUUAGAUACGAUUUGUCUAGUAAUUUUUCUCUUAUCAAGCACAUUUGUUAUAGAUCAUGAGGCAAUGAAAAAAAAAGAAAAUGAAUUUGGAAAUAUUUCUUUGUGAACGUGGUACUAGCAGGUUAUUAUGUUAUUACAAGUACAAAGAUAUGCAAGAUUUUUUCUAAAAAAAGAAAAAUGAAAAAAGAAUGCGAUGAAUGAAAAUGUCUAAUGAUAAGCGAAAUAGACUACAAUUAAAUUUGAACGGUAAUACCGUUUAUAAAUGCGAGCAGUGAUGUUAGGGCAUAUAAAUUGAUUGAAUCCCUGAUAUUUUGAUUGAAAAUUCGUUCUACUGAACGAACAAUUCAAUUUAAAUUAAGAUCGUUCACGGAUCUAUGUUCAGUCUAGGUAGAUUUGACGUGAACAUGUUGUGCACAUGUCUAUUCAUGUACUUAUACAAUUUUUCAAGAAUGUUUUUUUUUUUGAAAUUAUGUGGUAAAUGACCAUGCAUGGUCAUGUGCAUUACGUGUAUACAGGAAAACUGAUGAUGUUUUUACCAGCAGCGACAAUGUGUAUUAAUGUUCAGAAGCCAGGCGUGCCUGACUCGGUGGAACUGAUAAAAAGCGCCUUGAGCGUUAUGUAUCGGAUAGUAAAGGUGUCCUGUAACAUUUUAUACAUUUAAUUGUUCGGGACUUAAACCGAUCUCAUACAUGAUUUUGGUAGUAGUAAUCAGUGCGCUAGUGCGUCUGACGAGAUUUGGAGGAUCAAAAAAUUGUAUUUCGCUAAUGGAUCGUAACCUUUGGUGCUCUCAUUGCAUACAUGAGAUGUAAAAAAAACCGAGUAAAAUUCAUGUAUGAAAGUAAUUUUGUUCUUCGUUUCUGUAAUCAAUAUGUUGUAUGACUUCAACAUUUAUGGACACGGAUAAAUGAUAUAUAUCGUAUAAGAAAAAAAAAAAAAAACAAAAAAGAGAAAAAAAAACUAUCGAUGUCUUACUAUGUAGGAUAUCGGUGAAAGAAAAAACAUACCUUGAAGAUAUACGAUUUAGGUGUGAGGUUCAUUGGUGGCACCGGAGGUUCAGAUGAGCAUUAAAAACGAGUGCAAAUAGGGCACCUGCGCUUUUGUCUCUGCUACAAGACUUACGUAUGAAUAUUGUAAAGAAUACGACUGUUACAGUGUAUGAACUAAUUCGAUCCGUGUACGGCCGAUCACGGCUCGACUUAUAUUAAUCUAUUAAUACUUAAAGGAAGAAGAUGAAGAAGAGGAUGAAGAGGAAGAAAAAAAAAAGAAAAUAAGCUACAAAGUAAUAAAGGAUUGCGGAGUAUUUGAAGUUAUGUUUUUAAACUGAAUUUUUGAAAUAGAAUGUGUACGGAGAGGCAAAGACGA